AUGUCCCCACGUUAUUAUGAUUUCAUCGUACUUCCGGAACAUUUCCUAUUCUUAUUACACUUAUUUGUUCCAGAUAUGGGACGUAUGAAUAUAACAGUAAUUCGUUACAUGGAACAGGAACAUUUCCGGGUCCUUAUUGCGGUGGAACUGGGAAUGAAAAACCAUGAAUUAGUACCGCUGGAAUUAAUUGGAUCAAUUGCUAAAAUACACCGCGGUGCUGUCGUACGUAUUCUUGCGGAUUUAGCAAAGCAUGGCACUGUUGCACAUGAACGUGGGAAACGCUAUGAUGGUUAUCGCUUAACGACACUUGGUUACGAUGUUCUUGCUUUGAAAGCCCUCAGUGCUCGGGAAGUAGUUGGAGCGGUUGGCAAUCAAAUAGGUGUCGGCAAAGAGUCCGAUGUUUUUGUUGGUGGUGAUCCAAAGCUUAAUGAUUUAGUGUUGAAAUUUCAUAGAUUAGGAAGGACGUCAUUUCGAAAGUUAAAGGAAAAGAGGGAUUAUCACAAAAAGCGAAAAUCAUGCUCCUGGCUCUAUCUUUCUAGUCUAGCUGCAACAAAAGAGUUCGCUUUCCUGAAAGCAUUACACGAUCACAGUUUUCCACUUCCAAGGCCAAUCGAUAGGUGUCGUCAUGUGGUUGUUAUGGAUUUAAUCAACGGUACAACGCUUUGCCAUGUGCAGCAAAUAAACGAUACAGAAGGACUGUAUGAAAAACUGAUGAAUAUUAUCGUGCGGUUAGCGCGUUAUGGGCUCAUACACGGUGAUUUCAAUGAAUUCAACAUUAUGUUAACUGAACAAGAAGAACCGAUAUUAAUCGACUUACCGCAAAUGGUCAGUGUGGAUCAUCCAAAUGCGCAAUUCUAUUUCGAGAGGGAUGUAAGCUGCGUUCGGACCUUUUUUAAAAGACGGUUUAAUUACGAAAGCGAACUGUAUCCGAAGUUCGAAGCAAUGACGAGAAAGUACAAUCUCGAUGUAGAAGUGAAUGCUAGCGGAUUUACUCCUCGCAUGUCAAAAGCUUACGACAAGGCUCUGGAAAAAGUACAGAAGGAUGAUGAUUCUUCAACUGUCACGGAUGAAGAUGGUAGUAGCGAGGAGUCAUCUGAUUCUCAGGGUGAUAUCGAUGAAUCGAAUGAAAAUGUGCUCAAUAAUAGUCGUAAUAAUAGGCUCAAGGAAUGGAUAAAGAAUGCUCAGAAUGAAUUGGAAAAGCUGAAUGUUAACAGCUGUCGAGUGUUGGAUGACUGCUCAUGUAGCGCAAAUGAAAAGCAUUGUGGAGUAAUCGCGACUGAUUCCACUCAAAACUCUUCAAAACCUGCAAAUAAUCUGUUACAUGAAGAGGAACAAGUCACAGCAUCGCUCGAAAAUAGGGUGAUUGCGAAAUCUGUUUUUAGCACGGGAUCAACAAUAGCACCAGAGAUAGUACGAAAACGCGUUGCUGCAGAAAUGAAGAGAAAGCAAAAGAUACCUUUGCGAGUAAAAGGGAAGGCUAACGCAUUAGUUCGAGUGAGAAAAACCAAUGCAAAGAUUAUUAAGGAUUGUUCUGGUUGGGAUUUUUGAUGAAUUGUUCUGAAUAUAAUUACGAAAUUUGCUGUUUUUUGGGUGUAUUGUUAUACUCUCAGGCUGCUUGCAAGUAUAUGCUUAGAAGUUAACCGAUCUCACCAGGUCAAGUUCCCUAGCACCAGGUACUUUUAUUGUUUAGCUUAGACGAAUUCUAGAUUAUCAUGCUAUACUCUUAUUGCUUAGCUUAGACAAAUUCGAGAUUAUCAUGCUACUUGUCAUAGAAUGAAUG